AUGUUCACCAAGGGAAAACCAAGGACAUCGUCGCUUAAUAGCCAGGCGAAAUUCAAGAGCCAGCUUGAAAGUAAUUCGUCGCUGUUGAAUCGCAGCUUUCCAACGGCCGCAGAACUUUCUCGCAAAAAUGGCAGCCAGCUCCGGCAAACAAAGCUAACUGUCUGUCCAAAAGAUAAAAAACUGAAAUAUGAAGGCUUCGUAGAAGAGGUUCCCAGAAUUAGGGCACCGCAUGAAUUUAUUUAUAUGCCACCACCAAAGCUGCAGCCGAAAUCCCUUUGCGCGGCACCCAAAACGACCACCGCACCCAUCAAAAUGGAGCCCAUGGCAAUGGCAGAGCCGCCAGCCUCCCCAAUGUCCAAGCGGGGUCGUGAUUUGCUAAGUCUAGUAGGGCGCGUGGAUUUUUGUUUGACCAGCCACAAAAUGUAUCCUGAUUUGAAUGCUAUUUGGAACGUAUAUGGGAAACUGGCACGCAUUAUCGAAGGAAAGAGGUGUGAGCACACCCUACUGGUGCGAUGUGAAGGACCCAUCCUCCAAGGCAUAUAUUACGAUUUUGAAGGCGAUCUGAACACAUUGACCAUUGGUUGCACUGUCCAUCUGGUAGGCCGCUUCGUUGGCCCGAACCGAUUGCAGACGUUUAGAUUCAACGAGGUGAGUAUUUUGGACUGGGAACAGCAAUUUAUGCGCAUAGAAAAUGUAUCAAGAUAUAUUUUAAUGCAAAACAAUGCGCAUAAGUAG